CAGGAAUUUGCGCAACGAGAGCAACGAAUACACAGCAAGUUUCAUGCAAGACAGCAAGCAAAUGGUAGCGCUGAUAGCUGAGCAUGAAAGACAGAACUCAGCAGUAAUGAGCCACGAGGCUUCCCGUUCCCUGUUCUUGGAAGCUGAGAAGGAUGCAAGGUUGCAUGCAGAUCGAUUGCGAAACAACAAGCUCGAGGCUGACUUGUCAGGAUCUGAAAGCGAGUAUUGCCAUGCUGCAAUCAUUGCAAUGGAAGAUCAGGCCAGGAAAUCUGCGAAGCAUGCAGAGGCGCACGAGAAGGCAAUGAAGGCGCCGAUGGAAGAGGCAAAGAGAGUGAAAGGUAGGAUAGGCCAACUCAGGGAUGAGAUGGUGAGGAAGAACAGAGAGCUGAAAGACAAGUCAUCAACCCUCAACAUGUGCAUGAUGAAUUUCAAUCGGUUGAGACGAGAAGCAGCGCUUCUUGCCAGGCAUCUUGGGACAGUCGAGCAUCUGAUCGAAGGGUUGGAGAAUCAAGUCGAGUCGCGUGCCAACAGUCUGUUGUAGCUCGGACGAGAUUGACCAAUGUUAGCGAUUGAAAGCUUUGUACAAUUUUAUGAGAACACUUUGAGCUGAGAAGAAAUGAAGAAGACUCAAUCAGAAU